UGAUGGAUAUUCGUUGGGGGCUCUGAAAUCCGACUUCGAAUAAUUAGUUGGCAGAGUUUGAACUUUGAAGAUCUUGUCUUGCGUAGCUGGGCAGGGGUGGUAAUGAAUGAGGUACGAAUAUGAAAGCUCGGAAGCGCAGGAAACGAGCCACGAGGGACGAGGAGGCCGACGAAGAUGAUGCGAGAAAGCCACGAGGACGAUGGAUCUGCAGAGACAAGGAACAGGGUCCAAUGUACAAUAUGAAUAUGUACACGUUGUAGUGUACGUUGUACGUUGUACGUACUUCAUCAGACAAGGAAAGAAAAUAUAGAAACGAGAAAAGCAAAAGCGAAGAAUGGAGAAAGUUGAGAAAAUGCCAGCCACCUGCAGGCAACCCCUAUCUUUCUCUCUUUCCCUUUUCUCCUCCGCCUUUUUCUUUUCCUUCUCUUCUUACGUUCUCGUGCCAUCCCACCCCGCCUCCCCUUUGAUUCCUCCAGACUCCUACCAUUACAUCGCAGGAGGAACCUCAUCAGGAGCUUGGGCUUGGCUGGUGUGGCCUUGGACCUCGUCGUCCAAUCUUAAUUACGUGUGGUGGAUGAAGAUGGGUGGAAGGAUUAGAUGUAGUGGAUCUCAGUGGACUAGACCUGGAUCGAUACAGCGGCAUGGUUCCCCAGUUAGGGGACGGAUCCCGGUGCGGAAACAGGGGGAAAGGAGGAAAGGAGGAAAAGAGGUAAAGAGGAAAGGGGGAAAAGGGGCACGGGGAGCAGAGGAACGAGUCGAUUGCUUUGGGCAAGUUUGUGAUCGGUCCUUGUCAAGGAAAUGUAUAUAUUUAAUGCAGAUAGGUAUGUGUAGCUCCACGGUACUUAUCAGUUAUGGCUGGGAGAUGAGAAUCGGAGUGUAUCAUCGAGGGGGUGUUACUUAUCUAUGCCAGUAUAUACUUCUACCCCUAUCGACGCUAUGUACGCCACUCGGCCCGUUUACGGAUACCAAAGUUCCUAACGGCUUCGAAUUGGUUUGUACGGUUUGUACGAUGUACAAAACAUAUGUAUAACGGUACAAUCGGGAUGAAUUUAGUUCUCAGCCCUGCAAGGUGCGGAGGGGGCACAGCCCACAUUGAGCCACAGGCGCCUCCCCCAACAGCCCCCCAAAAUAGAAAAGAAGGCGGAAGAAAC